UAUAGUACUUUUAUCUCUUUCUCUAAUCAAAGAAGCAUUCACUCUCUCAACCGCCAUUGCAAGUUGCAACUGAAAAUCUGUGAGUCAUGGAACCCUCUCUCCUUCUUCACCAUCCUCUCAAACCCACUCUCUUUCAUCACUCACUUCUCUUUACAAGAAAGAGAACCUACAACAAGGAUGCAUCAUUCUUUCCGUGCCGCUGUUCUUCUUCAGAGGCUUCUGUGCUGAAAAUGUCGUUUCAAAAUGAGGGAAGGAGGGCAUUCACGGCUUGUCUUCUUGCUGCAGCAGCUGGAAUUUCUUUCUGUGGAGCAGCUGGUGCUGCAAGCACAAGUAGAAGAGCUCUUAGGGGCGCCAAAGUACCCGAGAAUGAAUAUACAACUCUCCCAAAUGGUCUGAAGUAUUAUGACUUGAAAGUUGGUGGCGGACCUGAAGCUGUGAAGGGAUCUCGGGUUGCAGUCCAUUAUGUCGCUAAGUGGAAGGGAAUCACUUUUAUGACUAGUAGACAAGGUCUUGGUGUUGGUGGUGGAACGCCUUAUGGAUUUGAUGUUGGUGAGUCGAAGAGGGGUAAUGUUCUUAAAGGAUUGGACUUGGGAGUUCAAGGCAUGAAAGUAGGAGGACAGCGGCUGUUGAUAGUUCCUCCCGAGCUAGCUUAUGGUAGCAAAGGGGUACAGGAAAUUCCCCCAAAUGCAACUAUUGAGUUGGACGUGGAACUACUGGCCAUCAAACAAAGUCCAUUUGGAUCUCCUGUGAAAGUCGUUGAAGGAUAAUUGAAUUGUUCGGCUCCUGAGAGUGGAAAUUCACAAGGUCUUGCUAAUACUUGGAUAAUUUUUAAUGCGAGCCGCCAAGUUACUUUCAAGUUAUUGAUGCACAGGACGUGUUAUGUUUUUGUGAAUUGAUAUCAUACUACUCAUUACAAUUUAUAGAAUUGUUUCAGUACAUUCAA